GUCCUGCUUUUUGUUUUCAUGAGACAUUUUCCAAGUCGUUGUGUGUUCCUUAUUCACUUCUCCACGUUCAACAUGGGGCGAAACGUUUUGGCUUUUUUCAUCUUAUCACUGGUGAUUUUUGUCAACUGUGAUCCACAAUGUGGAUAUGAGGCGUGCCCAAAAACGGACCCAAAUAUGUUGACAGUUCAUCUCGUUCCUCACACUCACGACGAUGUUGGAUGGGUACGGACUGUCGAUGAAUAUUAUGGCGGACUCAACUUGUCAAGAUUUAAUACUGGCGUUAGGACUAUCUUUGAAUCGGUCAUCCAACAAUUGACGGCAGAUCAAGACAGAAAGUUUAUUUGGGUUGAAACUGCCUACUUUUGGAGAUGGUGGUCCUCCGAAGGCAAAGAUUCGUUGAAAGCAAUUGUGAAAACUUUGGUGGCGAGAGGGCAACUAGAGUUUACUGGAGGUGCGUGGAGCAUGAACGAUGAGGCCGUAAACCACUAUCAGAGCACCAUUGAUCAAUUCACUUGGGGAUUCAGACGUCUUUCGGACGUUUUUGGCGACUGCGGACGUCCACACAUUGGCUGGCAAAUCGACCCUUUUGGCCAUUCACGUGAAACGGCAUCACUAAUGGCGCAGCUUGGCUUCGACGGUCUGUUUUUUGGUCGACUUGAUGAAGAAGACAAAAAGCAUAGGGAGAAGACAAAAACUAUGGAAAUGAUUUGGCGUGGCAGCAAAAACCUAGGAAAAGAAGCUGAUCUUUUUACUGGGGUCUUAUUUAAUUUGUACAAUGCACCGAGAGGAUUUUGCUUUGAUGUUUGGUGCUCCGAGUUUGUCGACGAAAAUCCAAAGACGGGAAAUUUCAGGAAAAAGGUAUCAGAGUUUAUUCAACGUGCUAGAGAGCAAGCAGACAAUUACAGAACUAACAAUAUCAUGUGGACCAUGGGUGCCGAUUUCACUUAUAUAGUGGCAAGCAGGUGGUACACAAAUCUAGACGCCUUGAUGAAGCAUGUAAAUAAAAUAGCAGCAGAAACUGGCAUCGCUGUGGUUUACUCAACUCCCUCGUGUUAUCUGCAAGCACUGCAAAAGGCUAAUAAAACCUGGCCGGUCAAAGAAGACGACUUUUUCCCAUACGCCAGCGAACCACACUCGUACUGGACGGGGUAUUUUACGUCCAGACCAAAUUUAAAAAGAUUCGAACGCGUGGGAAACAACUUAUUGCAGGUUUGCAAGCAAUUGCACGUUUCCACUGGCACUAACGAGACGGACAAUUUGAACUCACUUCGCGAGGCAAUGGGAGUUUUGCAGCAUCACGACGCAAUUACUGGCACGGAAAAACAAUAUGUAGCCGACGACUACGCAAAAAUUUUGAGCACAGCCACUAGCAAAUGCGACGAAUCAACAUCUGAUUUCCUCUCAGUCUUGUCCAAAAAGGAUGAAAAAGAGACAAAUUUGAAAUUUGAAAGAUGUCCUUUACUGAACAUCAGCCAGUGCUCUGUGUCUGAAAACGAAGACGCUUUCGUCGUGACAGUUUACAACCCUCUAGCAAGGAGCGUGAGCAAAUUUGUACGUUUGCCAGUAAAGGCCACUGGAUAUAAAAUUGUAGAUUUAUCGAACGGUCAAGAACUGAAAGUCCAAUAUGUUCCUUUACCACCGGAGGUGAAUCAAAUUCCGGUCAGAAAGAGCAGCGCUAAUCAAGAGCUUGUUUUUGAAGCCACCGACCUGCCACGGCUUGGUUUCAAAAGUUUCCAUGUCAAGGCAAGUAAAAUUAGUAGGCAGAGGCGGCAAGCGUGGGUUGGAAAUGACGGGGAUAAAGAAAACGAAAUCUCGAACGAGUUUGUGAAAGUGGAAUUUAACGAGGACACCAAUCUAAUGAGUGCCAUAUCAGUGGACAAUACAAAAUUGGAACUGACGCAGCAGCUCAUGUACUACGUUUCAGGAAAGGGGAAUCAUAAUUUGCCUGUCCCACUACGAGCGUCAGGGGCCUACAUUUUCCGACCAGAGACAAAUGACCCUGAGGAAAUUCCCAAUGAAAAAGCUACAAUUAAAUCUUUUAAAGGUCCACUCGUAAGUGAGAUUCAUCAGACAUUUUCACCGUGGGCGAGCCAAGUUGUGAGACUUUACAAAGGACAAAAACAUGUUGAAAUUGAAUGGCUUGUUGGACCUAUACCUACUGAGGAUCAUGUUGGAAAAGAAGUAAUCUCCAAGUUUUCCACAAAGUUGCAAACCUUGGGAGAAUUUGUAACCGACUCGAACAGCCGUGAAUAUUUAAGCCGAAAAAGGGACCAUAGAGAUACUUGGGAUGCCAACAUCCAAGAGCCGGUGGCUGGAAAUUAUUAUCCGAUCACGUCUGCUCUUUCGAUCAGCGACAACGAAACCACAGUUGUAAUUUUAACUGACCGAGCGCAAGGUGGAGGCAGUAUUACUGACGGAAGUCUAGAGUUAAUGGUUCACCGACGGUUAGUUGAGGAUGAUGGCUAUGGCGUGUCUGAAGUUCUGAACGAACUUCAGGAAGGCCAAGGGAUGGUAGCCAGAGGUAGACACAUUCUUUUAGUGGCUCCGAAAAAAUCAAAAGUCACCGUCAGACAACGUGAUUUGGUGCAACGAGAAAUGGUUUUGGAACCAACCCUGUUUUUCACAACGACGAGUCUCUCUGCCGAGGAUUGGAGACAGAAACACGUCACUCAGUUUUCUGGCUUGAAAAUGGACCUUCCAUUGAAUGUGAAUUUGCUUACUUUGGAACCGUGGAAGGAUGACCAGAUUUUGAUGCGACUAGAGCACACAAUGGAAAAGUACGACGACAUGACUUGGUCUAUGCCAGCAGUUGUUCCUCUCCAGAGCUUGUUUGAAAAACAAAUCACAGACGUGACUGAAAUGACGCUUGGGGCUAAUCAGGAGCUGGCGGAUAGCCAAAGAUUUGAAUGGGCUGAUGAAAGAAAUCCUUCCCGCUCAAGGAAACCAAACGAUAGAUUUUUAGGAAAAAAUUGGGGAAAAGAUGAUCAACAGGCAGGAAAAAACGAAGACGAUUUUUCAAAAGAAUUCAAAUUUGUCCUGCAUCCUAUGCAGAUAAGAACUUUUGUAGUAAAAUUUGAGUAAUUUUUUUAAUUAAAUGAAAUUAAAAAUUGGUAUA